AUGUCACAUUUUCGAAGGAAUUUCGGUAGAUUUACAAGUUCCUCUGCGAGCGAGCAUUAUCAAAGGCAGUUGACGGCUCCCGUCAAUAAAUGGAAGAAACAAUGGGUUACUCCUGUUGGACUAGCACCUGAAAGUUCAUACAAGAUAUGUAAAUGGGUCAAACAGAAAGAAAAGGCCAAACUGACAGGAGCUAUAGAAGUGGAUGAUAACACGCCUAUACCAGAAGAAGGCGAAGGUGAUGAAGAUGAAGACGCAGGUGAAGAUCAGGAGAUGGAAGAAGAUGAUCAAGAUCAAGAUCAGAAUGAAGAUGAGGGAGACGAAGGUGAAGGGGAAGGUGAAGGGGAGAACGAUGAAGAAGAAGAUGGUAAAGCAACUACUACUUCUGCUCAAACCCCUGCUCCCGCCGUCACAGUGGAUACCGCAGACACCACGACACAAACCCCGCCGCAGCCCGAACCUAUAUCAACAACAGCGAAAGAAGGAGAAGAAUCCUCCACCAAACCUACCGAUGCAGCUGUAGAUACGCAGGAGAAGGAAGUGGUGCCGACAUCUACGACUAUCGAGAAGGAGAAAGAAUCCACACCUGCACCAGAAAAGGAGAAAGAAGAGAAUCAUGAGUCUACCAUUCCGGCGCAUCAAACCAUCCCUUCAAACGCCAUUGAGAUCCACCCCAUCGCACCUUCCGCGACGGAAAGCGGUUUGGGUGAAAUCUCGACUGAGCCAUUGAUGGAGAUGGAAACUCGUCCGGCUGAAGAUUCAGCAGAAAAGAUGGAUAUUGAGGAGGAGCCAAAGGAGAAGGUGGAGGAAGAGGAUAAAGGAUUGGUUCAUGGUGAGAUGGAUGCUCCGACGAAAGCUUUGGAGGUGGAAAAUACAGAAGUCCCCAAAGAGGUGGAAAAGGAGUAA